AUUAUUUAAUUUACACUGUCAUAGAUUUUGAGUCUCCACACAUCAGUUUUCCAUGACUGUGCUUCCUCUUUGUGUUCGCUCAAACAUCCCUUUUCCUUUUUCCCCCACAGCCCGGGAACGCAGCACGGUUUUGACUAGGCCCACUGGUUCCUGGGUGUCAUUUGUUUUCCCUGGAUCGGACGCACGGGAUUGGACGCUGCGAUGGUCCCGCCCACAAACACACACAAGGUGGAGUUCAAACGAAGAAAAUAAAAUAAAACACGCAGGGCGAAAAUGAAGCUGUCAAACAGCCGCAACAAUCUGCAAAAAGAGGAAACGAGCAAGUGUGAAAAGACACGGAGGCUGCCCGGUGGACACGCUCCAUAGUAAUCUGGACGAGUAAUCUGAAAUUUAAUACUGAAUAUUAUAUAAACUUAAAAAAUAAUAAUAUAUAUAUAUGUGAGUGUAUAUAUAUAUACACACACACAUUUUGUUUUGUUAACGACAUUACGUUAAUGGAGUGUGUGUCAAACAAGCACAGCUUCUGGCGUUCAUGAAACUUUCCAGCUGCCUGAUGUAAGAUGGCAAAGUUCGGGCUCGAGAGGAGGCAAGAGUCGGUGUCUGCCUGGGAGCAAAAAAAAAAAGAAGAAAAAAAAAAAAUCGCCCGCGGAUGUGUUCGGAAACGACGCGGGUGGAAAAUGUGGACGUCUCUGCGCGGCUGAUCUGCUCUUUGGAUGGAGUCGAGGGGAGCUGGUGGCGCGUGGAGUGGAGGGAGACGGCGCGAGAGAUGGAGGCGGGGGGAAGGACCAUCUCUGCGGGGACUGGAGCCCAGGACCGACGGCGCAGUGCUGGCUGUCGUUCAACCCUCCCCUUCUUCUUCAGCUUCCUCCACAACGACGCCGAGGCUCGCGUCGACAGAGCAGGUGAGGCAGCACGAGCGCCGCGCGGUUUCAUAACACACGGAGUGCGCGGUCGAAGACGGAGAAGAAGGAGAAGAAGAAAACCCGGAAUAAGAAACGAGACAAGCGGGUAAAUAUUUAUCCUUUGAUGCGUUUACGAACCGUCUCGGUCGGUAGGACUUUGAAGUAGCGACAUACAGCGACCGCGGGUGGCCGGGCGCAGGCGAGGUCGGCCAUAGCCGGAGUCCUUGUCCUCUACGGCGGGGAGGGAACUGCGCGUAGGAGCCGCGGAUACAAGACUAUAACCACAAAUGAAUGGAAACAUGGAGGCAGCCGCCCAAGACCAAGUUUGGGCACAGGAGGACCUCCUAAAGUUGCUGGAGGGCAUGAAAGUGGCCCUGCCUCAGAAAGACCUGACCAAAUACAAAACGUCAGAGUCCCACCUGGACUGGCAGAAGGUGGCCUUCAACACCUACACCGCCGAUAUGUGUAGGCUGAAGUGGCUGGAGGUCUCUAAGGAGAUUCGUAAAUUCAGGACUCUGACAGAACUGAUUUUUGAUGCUCAAGACUACAUCAAGAACCCGUACAAGGGCAAGAAAAUAAAGAAACAUCCAGAUUUCCCCAAGAAGCCCUUGACUCCAUACUUCCGCUUCUUCAUGGAAAAGAGGGCCAAAUAUGCCAAGUUGCACCCGGAGAUGAGCAACCUAGAUCUGACUAAAAUCCUCUCCAAGAAGUAUAGGGAGCUAAAUGAAAAGAAGAAGAAGAAAUAUGUUGACGACUUCCUAAGAGACAAAGAGACGUUUGUGCUGAGUAUGAUGAAGUUCAGGGAAGAGCACCCAGACCUUGUGGAGAGCAUGGCCAAGAAAGGGUCAAAUGUUCCAGAGAAGCCCAAGACGCCCCAGCAGCUGUGGUACAACCAUGAGAAGAAGGCCCUACUCAAAACACACCCAGACGCGACCACCAAAGACAUUAAGGACAGUCUUGGCAAACAGUGGACGCAGCUGUCCGACAAGAAAAGACUCAAGUGGAUCGCAAAGUCUCUUGAGCUGCAGAAACUUUACGAGGAAACAAUGCGGGAGUAUCUCCAGCAGCACCCGGACUUCAGCAUGACCCAAGAGCAAAUUGGGAAGUCCACCCUGACAAAGGCUGAGAGGCACCUGAAGGACAAAUCUGACGGUCGACCCGACAAACCACCACCAAACGGUUACUCGAUGUUCUGCGCCGAGCUGAUGUCGAGCAUGAAGGACGUACCCAGCACAGAGCGCAUGGUGAUGUGCAGCCAACGGUGGAAGCUGCUCAAGCAAGGCGAGAAAGACGCCUACCAGAAACGCUGCGAACAGAGAAAGAAGGAGUAUGAAAUUGAGAUGAACAGAUUCCUCAGUAGUUUGCCAGCGGAGGAGCAGCAGCGGGUCCUGGGGGAGGAUAAGUUUGGUUUUAAGAAGGGCGGCGGAGCCAGCAGUCCUGCCGCCAAGAAGAAGAACCCUAAAGCCAAGGCAAACCCAGAGAAGCCCAAAAGGCCCAUUUCAGCCAUGUUCAUCUUCUCUGAGGAGAAACGGCCCAAGCUGCAGCAGGAGCGCCCGGACCUCUCUGACAGCGAACUCACGAGAAUGCUGGCACGCAUGUGGAAUGAACUGCCCGACAAGAAGAAGGAAAAGUACAAACGUCUGGAAACGGUCCUGAAGGCAGAGUCGGAGAAGAAGGAGAAGGAAGAUCGGAGUCGUCUGCCGGACCCUCCCAAGACUGCUCAGGACAUUUGGCAACAGAGCGUCAUAGGAGACUACGUGGCCAGAUUUAAGAACGACCGGCCGAAGGCGCAGAAAGCAAUGGAGGCGACCUGGAGCACCAUGGAGAAGAAAGAGAAGAUAAUGUGGAUCAAAAAGGCAGCAGAGGAUCAGAAACGAUACGAGAGAGACUUGUGUGAGAUGCGUUCGCCCGCUGCCGCCGCCAUCGCAUCAGGGAAGAAAAUGAAGUUUGAGGGUGAACCCAAAAAACCACCGUCAAAUGGAUAUCAGAAGUUCUCUCAGGAGAUGCUGUCCAACGGGGAGCUCAACCACCUGCCUAUGAAAGAGCGGAUGGCGGAGAUCGGCAGCCGCUGGCAGAGGUUACCGCUGAAGGACAAGGACCGCUACAAGAAGAUUGCCGAGGAGAAGCAGAGGCUGUAUAAAGUCCAACUGGAACAGUGGCUCGCUAGCUUGUCAACACAAGAGAGGAACACCUACAAAGAAUAUACUUCACAAAAACGGAGAGCACCAGCAAAACCCGGAGGCCCCAAGGCAAAGGCCAAGAAAUCCGAUACUGAGGAGGAGGAGGAGGACGAGGAGGAUGAAGAUGAGCAGGAGAAAGCUUCCUCUGAAGCGGACUCAUCCAGCGAGGAUGAUGAAGACGAUGAGGACGACGACGACGAGGAGGAUGACGAAGAUGACGACGACAAGGAGGAGGAGGAGGAUGACGAUGAUGAAGAUGAGGCUGAGGACAAGGAGAACAAGUCGGAGGACAGCAGCAGCGAGUCGAACUCCCAGGGGUCGUCCGACUCGGACUCGGACUGAUACGGGCCGGCGGCGUCCCAGAGACGAACUGAGCAGCGCUGAGCCGAGCAGCGCUGAGCUGAGCUGAGCCAAGAGUCCAGGGAGCUCUGCCACUGUGCCAACCCUGCUCCCCUCCCACCACCAGAGGGAGCCCCUGCAUUGCCUCAUCCAUUUCACAAUCAUCCUCUCUUUAGUUGCCGCCGUCGGUCGGUGAUCUGUGCUCACGGAGGGACCCAGCCCGUAUGUCCAAAACUACCGUUUCCAUUCCCUCCCCCUCCCGCUGUGACGGUCACCUCACAGGACGGGCCGCUGACAUGAUGCCAAAAAAAACGCAUCCCGCUGGUUUGGUGAUGUCACGAACGUUUCGGUCGCUGGUUUGAAUCUUGACUUACAGGUUCAAUGGAUUAAGAUUAGAGUCUAAAUGCCUCCAGCGUCUCUUCUCUUAUUCUGGUAAUUAGUUAAAUUAAGAUGAGUGGUGAACAGGCUUCAUGGAGCCAAAGAAUAUAGUAUGGGGAGGGGGAGGGGAGGGGUGUGUGUGCGGGGCACUGAAUAAUUGCACUCUUCAGAAUGUUUCCCUUUAAUAUUUUUUUUUCCAGAACAUUGUUGCUUUUCCUUCUCUAUUCUCAUUCUAGGAUGUAGAUUUUAUCAUUUGGUUCUUAAAGACGUGGUAUUUUUUCAGGAAAAAAAAAACAAACUCAAGCCAUUAUGAAUGUCUGGUUUCUUUUGUUGUUGUUGCUGGAGAGUUUCAGAACUUGUUUCUUACCCAUGUUUUCAUUUAAGAGACGCAGUGCCUGUAAACUUUUCUCUCCCCCACCACUUUUUCAUCUUUUAUUGUUUUGCUAUGUUCGAACUAAAGUACAUGCAACAAGGAUUUUUGACACCGCGCAACAGAUGAAAAGCUUUUUUUAAAAGGAAUACUGGAAUUUCCGUAACGCUGUUUUUUUCUUUUGCCACAAAAUAACACAAAACAAUCGACUAGAUAUGUAUUGAUUCUCAUCAAUAUUUAGCUUACGGCCCCUUUAACUGUGUGGAUCAGCUUCGUACAUGCAAACGCAGGAUUCUGAGUGCUGCCGUUAAGCAUUUUGCUGGAUUGAAGUCUCUUCUUCAGCCUGUUCUGAGCAGUGCCAUAUAUAUUUUUAUUGUUAAAUUUUUUUUUAAACCAGCGGUUGACCUUUCAGUGGUCUGCAGGCUACUCCGUCCCAUGACGUUUUUUCUUGCAUCAUUCCGCUGAAUUAUAGUCAAGUUUUUUUUCUCUUCUUUUUUGUAAUGAGAAAAUCCAGAUGCAGGUGUUUACUGGGUCUCCAUUCAACGUUUGUGUCUUGAAAUAUUUUGCUUUGUACUUUAAAGAGACUGUUGUUAUGGAGUCAUUGGUGUCGAAAAUUCUUUUUUGCAUCCACCGUGCUUCAGUGUUCAAACACACAAAAAAAAUGGUGGCGGAAUAUUCUUUUAUAGGCACUGCAGGAUCCAUCGCCAUGUGUCUUGUCACUGAAUGUGUUAUUAUUUGUCAUAAACAACUGACACGUGUUGUAGAACAUAAAUUCAUCCAUCUGAAACAAUCCUGUUCGACUCAGUUUGUUCCGUUCUGAUGGUGAGAAAUGGUGUUUUGUCAUUGAAGGUCAAAAACUUGUUUGUUUAAAUUUUUUUACGUUUAAAGCUCUAUCUGACAGUUUUUUUCUAAAAGACUCAAUGUCGUACAGUCAGUUUACAUUUCUUCUUCUAAACCAUUGUUUUUACAUUUCAUUUACGGUUUAAUUCAUUCAAUAGGUUUGUCCAGAUCGUUCAUCUGGAAUCAUUUGUGGAUGUUCAGCUGUAAGGUUUCAUCUCUUUCCCUUUUCUUUUUGAAAUUUUUUAAUGGUAUUGACUGUAAUCCGUCUGGAUUGUAGUCUGAUGCCCCCCCCCCCCCCCUAAAAAGUGCGCACUUAAUGUAAAUCUGUUCCUCUGUGUGAGUUUGUGUGCAUGCAUGCACAGAACUGUGUAUAUAAGAGGGUGUAUUGUGGUUUUUUUGCUUUUUUUGGGCUGUUUUGUUGCAUACCAUGUUGUGACUGCAGCGUGCAUGUCUGUGUGGGGACGACGUCAUACCAACACCAUGAAUGUAGAUAUUGUUGAUCUUUUUAAACCUUUUUUUUUUUCUUUCUCCAAAGUUCUUUAGUAAUUCUUCUUCUUCUUCUCUGCGCCUGUCGUGUCGUUUGUUACCCGAAAGCGGACAAAUGCCAGAGGACGUCCAUGACUUGUCAUUUUACGUCUGCCGACAGUUACAGAGUACAUGGCAACUGUUAAUAAUGUAGUCGGCGAUGGACUGACUCAUCACAUACUGAAAUAAAACCAGCGUGGACUAUUUCAAUAACUUGGGAGAAGGAAAGUAAUCGCUGAUAUUGAUUGAUGGGAGUUUGUAAAAGGGAUAUCGGGCGGGGGGUAAACAGAAAAAAAAGAAAAGAAAAAAACUUGUAAUUUUUUUGUAAAUACUGUUUUUGUAUUGAGUGCUUAUUGUUUUUGUUAGUACUUUUAAUUUUUGGCAAAGAAACCCUCAUCUGUGACUUCUCAGGGCCAGUGGGCCUUUUCACUCGCGGGGGGAGAACCUUUGGUUUAAUUCACCUGUUUUUAGUUGUUUUUCUUCUCUCCCCCUUAUGUUGGUUUAUAGAGAUAUCUACGACAGCGAAGCUUCACAAAGUUUGUACUGCUGGUCAUUUGACAAAAAAAUUUGAUGUUUUCUAUAGCUGAGGGUGCUCUCAUGUCCUUGUAGUUCAAGUAUUUGGGCAAAUAAAAUAAAAAAAAUAUCUUUAACAGUUA